AUGAUGCUUCUUCAAUUCAAACAAAAUGUGCAUCUGGAGGACUUUAAGGGAUAUACGGUAAUUGUUCCGAGUAUUUGUAUAGGGAAUGCGGCUCAAUUGGCAUGCGAUUUAUUGAUAUCAUCGAAGAAUUUGAAGCGGGUCGGUUCUAUCAUUCACCCCGCGUUAAUUCCAUGUUACGGACCGUCAGCUUUCCAACAUGAGCCAGAAGAAAAAAUUGCAGCAUGCGAAGUGUAUUCUUGCCAGGUUAGCAGACUGUUGGUCUUCCAAUUUCGAUCUCCGUUCAUUUCGACGCAUAUGGUUAGUUUCCAAAACGAAUUGGCCAAUUUAUUAAAAAUUGCUGCGAGAGUAAUAAUUCUGAGCGGAAGUUUAGGAUUCGAAAAGCGGAUUAUUGACUCCUGUCCCUACGAAUACAAGGCAAGUGAUGAAUUGAAGGAAAUAUAUGGAGAUAGACUGAGUAAUAUGAAAUGGAAGGAAUUUAAAGGUGAAAUGAUAUUUGGCGGCGGAAACGCCCUGGAGCUUUACAAAAUUAUGGAGGAGCAGAAGGUGCCCGUUAUGAUUUUAUUUCGAUAUCUGUUAGAAGGUGACAACUCAACGGAUGCCGCUCUCAUCUUGAGCGAACUGACCGAACUUUGUAAAGACUUUUUAGCUUUGAAAACCGAAGACGGUGGAUUGCAGUUAAAGGUUCCUAUAUCAUGGAAACUUUUGUUCGGAAAUGAUAUUCCAGAGUUAAUAUUUUAA